AUGGCUCACACAUUAACACCAGAUCCUGAAUUACAAAGAUUCAACAAAGCUAAAGAAGCUGCCGGUACCAACUUCAGAUUCAAACCAAAGUCUAUUGCUUUCAACUUAAUCACUAUGGGUUUGAUUCCUUUAUCAUUAGGUUAUUACUUAUAUAGUAAUGAAGGAUGGAAGAUGAACAAAUUAUAUAGAUCCCAACCAGUUUUCAUAAAUGAAUACAAACCAAGACAAAAGGAUUUAUAA